UCCGUCCCCUUCAAUAUCACAACAUCCACAAUCAAUAGCAAUGGCCAUCGAAGCUGCCUCCACCUCCGCCGCGCCCUCCGUCUUCGACGUCCAGGCUGAGCGUCCCCGUCCGAAGGAUGUCGGUAUCCUCGCCAUGGACAUGUACUUCCCAAAACGCUGCAUCUCGGAGGAAGACCUCGAGGUGUACGACGGUGUCGCCAAGGGCAAAUACACCAUCGGUCUCGGACAGUCCUACAUGGCUUUCGCGGACGACAGGGAGGAUAUCAACUCCAUCGCCUUGACUGUCGUCUCAUCCCUCAUGAAACGCUUCGACAUCGACCCGCGCUCCAUCGGCCGUCUCGACGUCGGCACCGAAACUAUCAUCGACAAGUCCAAGUCCGUAAAGACCGUCCUCAUGGACCUCUUCAAAGAGUGCGGCAACCACGAUAUUGAGGGGUUGGACAGCAAGAACGCGUGCUAUGGGAGCACCGCUGCGGUUCAGAACGCGACGAACUGGAUCGAGUCGCGCUCGUGGGACGGCCGCAAUGCGAUCGUCUUCGCUGGUGAUAUCGCGGUCUACGCAGAGGGCGGAGCCAGGCCCGUCGGUGGUGCCGGCGCCUGCGCCAUCCUCAUCGGCCCCAACGCCCCUCUCGUCUUCGAACCCAUCCACGGAACCUACAUGGCCAACACCUACGACUUCUACAAGCCGAACCUCACCUCCGAAUACCCCACCGUCGACGGCCCCCUCUCCGUCUCCACCUACAUCCAAGCAAUGGACGCCGCCUACUCCUCCUUCCGCUCCAAGGUCGCCUCCGGCACCAAAGCCCUCAACCCAUCCGCCAUCCCCUCCUCCACCGAAUCGGGCAAGAAAGUCGACGAGAAGUCGGUAUUCUCGCUCGCGGAUGUCGAUUAUCCGGUGUAUCACAGCCCGUACGGGAAGCAGGUGCAGAAGGGCCAUGCUCGGCUAUUGUUCAUGGAUUAUCUGAGCGCACCGUCCAAGCCCGAGUUCGCGAACAUCGAUGCGGGAUUCCUCGAUAUUCCGUACCCGAAGACGCUCGGCUCAAAAGAAGUCGAGAAGGCGUUCAUGGCGCUUUCGAAAUCGGAUUAUGCUUCUAGAGUUGCGCCGUCCAUGCGCUGUGCGUCGAGGUGCGGGAAUAUGUAUACGGCGUCGUUGUAUGGCGGGCUAGCGAGUCUGUUGAGUACGGUGGAUGGCGAGACGUUGAAGGGGAAGAGGAUCAGUAUGUUUGCGUUUGGGAGUGGGUGUGCGAGUACGUUUUGGACGAUUAGGGUUAAGGGGGACGUCAGUGAGAUCGCGAAGAAGAUGGAUUUGUUGAAGAGGUUGGAGAGUAUGGAGGUCGUGAGCUGUGAUGAGUAUACGAAGGGGCUUCAGCUCAGGGAGGAGAACCAUAACGCGGCGCCAUACCAGCCCCAGGGCGACAUCAAGAAUAUCUGGCCCGGCGCGUUCUACCUCGACAACAUCGACAGCAUGUUCAGGAGGAAAUACAUCCAGGCUUAACUUAAGUUUCUUCUCCCUCUCGCAUCCCUGCUCCAUCUUCCUUCGUUCCAUGUCUGCCCGUCUUCGGUCCCGGUCGCUUUACAUUUAGAAUGCAUUCACCUACCUACCUACCUGCAUACAUACACAACUACCAUUCAUCCCCUCAUCCCUUCAUCCCUUCACCUUCGCCCCACACAAUCCUCGUCCUCGUUCGGAUCCCUCUUAAGCUUAUGCUAUGCUCUCUCGCGUCCGCCUCUGUCUUAUGUACGUAUGUCAUAUCUGCUCCGUAGUUCAUAACUUCAUACCUAUCCCCCGCCUUUUCUCUUUAUGUGUCGGUUUUGAGUAUUUAAGGGGAUGGAAUGAGAAAAUUAGAAUUAGAAGUUCGAAUCA